AGGAGAUGGACAAAGAAGAAAAGGCUUACCUUAUGUUCAGGAUCGACAGGCUGCGUAUAGACUCGGCAAUCACUGUACAUGGGUACGCAGCUUAUGCCACCCUAGGGGGUGUCCAGCUGGUGGACAAGAUACAUGUUGGUAUGUGAACCAAACCUUUGAACGUGAAGACCCUAUCAGAAAAUUAGACGUCAUGUCAUGCUCACAUGAGUGAAAUAGAGGGAACAACUUGAGAGUUUAGUAAUCUUUAACUUUUUGCUUGACCAGAUUUGUGUUUCUUUCCUUUUCAAAUCCAAAUGCUUCACCUAAUUAAAAAGCCCCCCCAAAAAUAUUGGCAUUCUUAAAAAUUUUUUUUUUUUAUUUCUCAUCUGUGAGUUGUAACAAUAACCAACCUUUAUUUGGCUUUUACUUCAGGCCAUGCGGGCGAGUACAUGGAAGUACUGAGUACAAACACAAUCAACAACAACAACUUGGUCUCUAUCAUGUACAGACAUGUGAGUUGUCACUUAAUUUUGGCUCAUAAUUAUGGUUAUAUUUUGGAAUGUAAAAAAAAAAAAGGUCUGAUUGGCUGAUCCAGUUCACUAAGCAGACUCUGGACAUGACUACAUUUUCAUGUCAUGGUUUAAGAGAGGAAAAGAAAAUGCGGAAUGAGAGAAAGAGUUGGAAUAAUUUACACAGGGAAACUGAACCGUCAGUUCUAAAUUAAUUGUCACACAAGUUGUCACACAGGUUGUCACACAUGUUGUCACACAGGUUGUCAGUAAGUGAGAUACUUUAAUGUAGUGUUAGUUUUUUGUUGUUUUUUUUUGUUUACCCCAGGUGGAGCCGGUGUGUCCAGACUUUGCCACCUACUACGGUGGAGUGGAGCAUGCCAUCAAGGUAAAGGUUCUGUCCAUGGCAACAUUGUUUGAUCAGGCCAGCAUGAUGUACCUGAACGCAUUCCUGCAGAGUAUCCUUUCAAGGUAAGGCGAGGGUACCAUGUCAAGGUAAAUCAAAAGCCAUAAUGUCAGUUUAAGUCAAACUCUAUGUCAAGGCAAGUCAAAGAUUUAUCUCAAUAUUUAUCAAAAUAUGUCAGAUUCCUCCUCGUGACUGCCUCCAUUGACAGUAUAUUUUACCGCUUCUUGUUUAUUGACAGUGUCCAUAACCUGGAGAUGAGGACCAGCAGCAGUUCUGUCAUGACGACGUCAGAUGUCAGCACCAAAGACAAAGUUUCCAUCACCGAACGUAUUGUCAACAUCACUGACCAAGGUCAGCUUUGAUAUGAGUCACAGAUAGGUUAACUAGAGCUUUGAUAUAAGUCACAUAUAAGUUAACUAGAGCUUUGAUAUUAGUCACAAAUAAGUUAACGGGUUAACUACCAUGAGCCGCUGGGAGCGGCUCAGCGUUCGUUUUGUUAUGGCCACGAGGUGCUGGUAGCGCCAAUGUUAGUAUCGUAGUACAUCGAGUCAAAUAUUUAUAUUAUUCCAUUCCCGUUUCGCUUCGAGAUUUUAAUUUACCAACCGGAUGUUUAUAUUCGAAACGCAUGCUAUCAGCAGGAUUGUUUUAAAAAAACGAAAAGUUAAUUAGUUUUGAUUUUAUUUCCUAGCUAGUUACAAAAUAGUACACGUUUACCGCAGCAACAAGUUACCGGGUUACUGAAGGCAAAUAAGUGAUUGGAAGUGUAAAUACUUUUCAAUUUCUGUGUUCUUUUGUUUAUUAUUGGAUAUACUAUAUGGAAACAACCAAAUGAAAGGCUUUAAAUGAUUUGGAAAUUUAUAUUAUUUAUAAUAUAUAGGUAAGUUAGCACAUCAAUAUAUUUUUAUUGUUUUUCUAUUGAAAAUACUAAUUUAACAAUUAAUAAUUUCCUAACAAAACUUAACUUUACAAAUGUUUUAAAUUUAUAUUAUAGAACAUUCAAUUACCUACAAAAAUUUUUUAUUAAUCAUUAGAAUAUGUUUAUAAUUAAGGAAACUGCAGCUGAAUUUGUACAUACACCUAAAAUGAAAAAAAUGUGACCUAGAUUUAAUUCGGCCACAGCCGGUUUUGUUUCAAUCUCGUAGUUAAUCAGUUAACUAGAGCUUUGAUAUUAGUCCCAAUAUAAGAUAACUACCGUAUUUUCCGGCGUAUAAGAUGACUUUUUAACCCAUGAAAAUCUUUUCAGAAGUUGGGGGGUCAUCUUACACGCAGGGGGUCAUCUUAUACGCAGGGGGUCGUCUUAUAAGCUGGUAUAAGGCGUGCUGAAGUUUGAGGGACAGGCGCCCUCUCGUUCAAGUAUGGUUGACAGCUUAGGAAACAAAUAGCAUGGCAGCUCCCAUGGGUUCAUUGUCUUAUCCUUCCUUUCUGAUUUAAAAAAAUAUAUAUAUUUUGGUGUGCGUUGGAAGAGGGGUAGUCUUAUUAGGCGAGUAUGGGCCAAACUCUAUAUUUUAACAGAAAAAGUAGGGGGGUCAUCUUAUACGCCGGAAAAUACGGUAGAGCUUUGAUAUUAGUCACAUAAAAGUUAACAAGAGUUUUGGUAUUAGUCACAAAUAAAUUAUCAAGAGCUUUGAUAUGAGUCACAUAUAGGUUAGAGCUUUAAUAUUACUCCCAAUAUAAGUUAACUAAAGAUUUGAUAUUAGUCACAAAUAAGUUUACUAGAGCUUUGAUAUUAGUCCCAACACCAGUUAACUAGAGCUUUGAUAUUAGUCCCCAUGUAAGUUAACUAGAGCUUUGAUAUUAGUCCCCAUGUAAGUUAACUAGAGCUUUGAUAUUAGUCCCCAUGUAAGUUAACUAGAGCUUUGAUAUUAGUCCCAACACCAGUUAACUAGAGCUUUGAUAUUAGUCCCCAUGUAAGUUAACUAGAGCUUUGAUAUUAGUCCCCAUGUAAGUUAACUAGAGCUUUGAUAUUAGUCCCCAUGUAAGUUAACUAGAGCUUUGAUAUUAGUCCCCAUGUAAGUUAACUAGAGCUUUGAUAUUAGCAACAUAUAAGUUAAUUGAGCUCAGAAAUAAGAUUUACUGCAUCAAAAGUAUACUCAGACCGUCUUCUUCUUUUUUUUUAACUCUGUGUCACAACUUAUAUAUCUGUGUGUCAGAUGGUUCUGUAUAUAUUUUUAGUUGCUGCAUAAAAAGUGUAUGUGGACUGUUGGUAGCAACUUGAGUUUCAUCUCAACACAAUAGUUUGUUGGUUCUAUUUUAACAAUGUCUAAAACCUUUGUUAUAAAACUGAAAUUUCUCUCCCUGUGUUAUAAAACUGAAAUUUCUCUCCCUGUGUUAUAAAACUGAAAGUUCUCUCCCUGUGUUAUAAAGCUGACACUUCUCGCCCUGUGUUAUAAAGCUGACAGUUCCCUCCAUGUGUUAUAAAGCUGACAUUUCACUCCUUGUGUCUGAAACAUAAACUGUGAGUUACCUAUCAAUGCUCAGACUUGAGUUAUUUAUUUCCUGCUUAGCUUUCUCGUAAAAUAUCACUCACCUCUGUUAUGUUUCAGUGGAUGGCUUGCCAGGUAACAGCACCAAAGUUCAUCUGAUAGCCGAGCUCCAAGAUUUCACCAUAAAGCUAACAGACUCGGACAACAGCCUGGCAGAAGUUAAAGUGAAAGGUGUGAUUUCAAACAGACUAAGUCAUGUUAUUUUUAAUCCAUUUUUUAAAAUAAAUUGUGUUAAAUAUAACUCAAUAUCAAUCUCUUAUCAGUAAAUGACUCUUAAAUUUUUGUUCCCAUCAUAAUUUUUAAAAAGAACUUCUGCUCUUAAUUGUAUCAAACCUUUUGCAUGACCUUUGUCCCCUCCAGGUUUUGAAGGAAGUGUCAUUGCUAAACCUGCUAAGACAAUCAUAAGGUCUCGUCUGAAAGACCUCAGUAUCAGGGACUGUAGUGCUGGGGCUAUCUAUCAAAAUGUAAGACAGUUUCAACCAAACCAUGAACUUUAAAUUUUAAAUUAUUUUUUUUUGAGUAAUUUUACAAAAAAUAUUUCGAUUGCAAUAAUUUAUCUUCUUUUAAAAAAAAAGUUUUAUCAAAUAAAAGAUAUUUUUUCAUAAUGUGUGUCUUAGUAGAUCCAAUUGAUUUAAAUUUAUAUUUUGUGUGGCCAUAAUUAAAUCUUAACAUAUAUUUUUUUUAUUUGUACAUAAAUUAUAUCUCAUUCAUUUUUGUAUCAGUGAAUGAUAAAUACCCUGCCAUGAAUCUAUUAAGGGUCGUUUUUGAAGGACAUCACUAAGGGUGUUGGGGGGGGGGUUGCAAAGUGCAUGUGUGCGCAAGGGGGUUCUCUCAAGAUCAGACAAAGGGUACAAGGGAGAGGGCGGUGUAAUGGAUCCUGCCGAUGUCCGCAAGCUUGCAUGUUUUUUUUUGUGUUAGAUGCAGCUUUGAGCCCACUCCGUGUAUUGCACAAAGAAGUUCAUAGCAACUUCAUUAGCUAUUUAUCAGCAAAUGUAAAGAAUGGAAGUAUUGAAUUUUUAAAUAUUUUCUCUAAUUCUCAUGUUUGUUUGAUUUCAAUAGAAAUUUUUAUAUUAUCAGGCUUAUUUAGAAGUUUACUUCUAGUGACUCAUUGCUCUUUAAAACCUUUAUUAUACUUCCUCGAAUUCCACACAAAAUAAUGUGGCUUUCAGAUGUCCGCAACCCAGGGGUGGGGGAGGUAAGCCACAUCCGGACAAGUGUGAACGACGGGCGGGGGGUGGGAGGGGAGGGUGGAAAAGAAGCGUAUUUUUUGCGGACGUCCUUUAUGAACAACCCCUUAAUGGUAUUUUGGAUGUCUUUAAUAAAUAAAUAUUUGUUACUUCUUACAUAUCCAGAUUCUGCUGCUGCAAGAUGACAGUCUGUUUGACCUUAAGGUAAAUCUUAGUAUCCUCUUGUAGAUGAAGGAAAAGCCACCGCUGGGAAUGUUUUAGUCACACGAUUUUGCUUAGUAGCUGGCUGCAUUUUGUUUAUUUAAAAUAUAUCACUUUGAUCAGAUCGAUUCCUCUCAGUGUAAACUGUUAGUUAAAAGUAGCUAAGAAUGAAUGAAGAUGAACAUUGAAUACCAAAAAUAUAUUUUCUGUUGAUUUUUAGAGCAUCAUAUGACAGUGGAAAAAGAAAUAGAAUCAUUUUAUUUUUACCUACUGUAUCACAUGCUCUAAAGCUUUUCUCCAUUUCAAACAUCCCGACCGACCCCAGCUGGUCAAGUACAAUAAAUCAUCGUCUGCCCAUCUGGACAACCGAGAAACUGGCCACGGCUUGGACUACAGCGUAAGACUCUGGCUGGGUCAGAUACAAGCGGCGGUGCUCGGAAAAUUUUACUGGGAGAUAACAGUAGGUCAUUUACAUGAUGAAGGUUAAUUAGAUAACUUCAGUCAUUAUGAAAACGGAAGUCUUUUUACAUGGCAAAUGCUCUGUAGGCAGAAUUUUAUUUAUAUAAUUUAGAUGAAAGCAGUCAUAUUAGGUAACAGAUCUAAUUUAGAUUAUGAAAGGAGUGAGUGAAAAACUUCAUUAGACUCAAGUAUUUGUAAAUCCACAAUCCAGUUGGGAUGGGUAAGAGAUGCCAGACUUCAGUAAUGACUCAGAGAUUAUACAGUAAAAUAUUAAAAUAGCCACAUCCAACCUCUCCUUUAAAAAAAAAUAAAAAAAUGUGCCAUUAUUUACUUCAUCUAAUUUUCUUUCCUCUUUCUAAAAUAUCAAAUUUGUUUUACAUAGAUGCUUACUGCGUAUGAAUUUAUAACAACUUCAGUUACUCCGUUCGAUCCUGAUAAAUGCAAGGAUCACAGUUUGUUCAAUCCAAAUUUCUUGUGUCUUCUUGUCAGAGAUUCUUUGAACCUUUCAUAAAUCAAGAGAUGACAGAGGCAGCCAGACAAACAGCUAUGGAUACCGUCACCAAACAG